AUGGCUAGAGGUAAAGAUAGGUCCGCCUCCCCUGCCCGUUCUGAUAAGGGGAGAGAACCAAUACGCGAUCGUAACUAUUCAGAUCCGGAAGCGAGUGAACCUAGACUAACUAGACUUCGUGCAUCUCGACUUAAGAAUCGCUCAUAUUUUGAGUCGGAAAGAGGCCCGGAGCCGAUGGAUCUUGAUCUCAAAUCCCCGUUUUCGUCAACCAAAUCAUCACCCAAAACACCAAAAUCAUCAAAAUCGCCAAAAACACCAGAGUUUCUGAAGGAUAUACCACCAGGUAAAGGAUACAAGAAAUUCAAGGAAGCAGAAAUACCCGUUGUUGGAGAUCUCGACGUCCAAGACCUUGAAAAGAGAUUGUCAAAACGAUUCCCAGUUGUCAGUAAAUUGAUCACUCCAAAAUACUGGCCCACAGAUAUUUAUCCAAUAUCUGAAGCAGGCCUUGUCCCUCAGUUUCCGGCUACAAGCAUGAUGAUUCAACUCUACGUGCUUAAAGUUUCCAGAGCUCAUGCACGAGUUCCCCCAAACGAGUUGAGGAUUUUAUCUUAUCUUAGUAGAUAUCAUCCUCGCAUCACACCGCUCAAAGCUUUUAUGACCGAGGGAAACCUCGACAUUCUCUACUUUCCAUAUGCCGAUGCCGGCGAUCUCGCCACUUUCAUAGAAUUGUACAAGAUCAAAAAAUCAAUCAUACCAGAAGCAUUUAUCUGGCAUAUCAUGACCCACCUGAUUGAAGCAGUCUACUUCCUUCAAUACCCAAAGCCUGAUAACGAAAACUACCGAUACACUAUCUGGCAUCUGGAUAUCAAACCCGAAAAUGUUCUUAUGCAGUGGCCACCAAAGAACCGAGAUAACACCCCCUGUUAUCCGAAUAUCCAACUUGGAGGAUUUGGGGUACCUUAUGCCGCCCCAGAGCAACUCAGAGGAUACUAUAAUGCCAAAACGGAUGUUUGGGGUAUCGGCGCCACCAUUCAUGAAUGCGUACAUGGAUAUCCGCCACUCACACCUCAAAAGAGCCAUAAUACGCGUGCUCGCAGCAUCGGUACUCACACGGUAUACCCCCGUCCGGUCUACACGGACCUCGAAUGGCGCGGGAUGCCAAGCACACCGCGAGCAUGCUGGGAAAUGCCAGGACACUAUUCGUCCUCGUUGAGGGACAGGCUCUAUCAUCUGUUAAGGGUAGAUCCGAGCCCGAAAGAGCAUGAGAAUGAUUUGACAAAGAGAGUGGAUAUUGAGGUUUUGAAGGAGUACCAGGAUAUAUUCAAAUUGAGUAAGGAUUAUUUUGUGGAGUUGCCGAAAUGGUUUUCGGAGGCGCGGCAGGGAGAAUUGGGCGAUUUGGUUAAGAAAGAGAGGGAGGCAAAGAUUAUUUUGGGUCAGGAUGGGUUGGGGGAGUGGAGGGUGGUGAAUAUGUGGAGUAAGAAGGUAGAGGGGUGGGAAGUAUCAUAG